AUGACAAAUCAGUGCAGUCUGUCUUUGGUCGGCCUCUCGCAGUGGUACUUGGACUAUACCAACUUUCAAAAGUGUCUCUGUAUAUACUGUGUCAGAAAUUCACAGAUUAACACAGAAUGCACCAGUUCUUUGGUAUUUAUAAAAAUUAUGGUUAGACGUAUGGAAAGCAAUCUGUCAUUUCUCAUCACAAAUAUCGUAAUUUUGGUACUUCAGUUUAGUGGCAUCAUCCUCAAUGGUUUUAUUCUUUUCAUGUUCAUCAGGUCGAAAAGUUUGCGUCGAAAUAAUGCGGUCCAGUUGCUCUUCUUUCUGACAAUCACCGAUUUCUUGCAUGCUUUGACGACUCUUCCGUAUAUAAGUUACAUGACAGCACUUUGGCAUCCUUUUCGAAUAAAUCUCAACGCAUACUUCGUUAUGAUUUCUAGUACACCAUUAGUGAUUCAACUAAAAGUUAACCUAACACUGACUAUAGCGAUUGCAACGGAGAGAACAUUAGCCUUAUUUCAUCCACUACUGUAUCGCAAAGUUUCGUCUGCUACGUAUUCGUUAACGUCGCUACUAAUUGGAAUUGCUUUUGCUUGUAACGAUUUAUUUCUGGAAUUUCUUCUUUCACCGAUUGUGGCACAUCGUAACUGCGCAGCAAUUGGUUGUUUUGUCAGCGAUGAUUUUCGGUUCUACUGGGGUACAAGCAAUAUGAUUAUGGGUUUAUUCGUCAUUGUACUGACAAUGAUGGUGUUGUUCAAGCUGCGCUCCAUUCAGAAUAACUCAAAAGACACAGGUUCCACCGUAGGUAAGGGAACCAGCAAACUCAGUCAGGCCAACCGCACCUCCCUCGGGAUCCUCCUCACGUCACUUCUCUUCGUUACACUACCGAGUGUAGGCGUUGGAUUCGUUGAAAUGAUCGGUUUCUCCAUUUUCAAAACUGUUGGUCCUUUCUAUAUAGUUGGACUUUUAUGUGCAGGAGCCUGCAACAGCAUAGUCUAUGUUGUUCUUAAUCGCGAUAUGCGAAGACUGGCCAAGAAUUGCCUCACCGGGAGAGGAGCUUCCUUGGUUUCACCAUCGACAAGGGUCGAAGUAACCAAUUUCCGUUCUACUGCGAUUAUAUGA